AUGAGCACCGAUACCCGCAACAGUGUCAUCAACGCCACCCACGCCGUAGCCACCGCCCGGAUCCCGGCGGGCGGGCGACGGAUAUCCUACCGAGGGUACCUGAUCCAUGGCGAGGUGCCGUCGAUUUGCUACGUGAUCUACGGGCGCAACGGGUUCGGCCAACUGACCGAACUCGGCGCGACGCGCAGUUUCGCCGAUGCGAUGGGUUGGAUCGACAAGCACAUAGCCAACAUGCAAGGAAUGAUCCCGGCGGGCAUCGGGCACACGAGCACACCGCCGGCGCGCGACACGCUUGGCGCAGCCGCCUGA